GACGAGGCUCUCCUGUCCAGUCAGCCAUGGCGUCCGGCUGCCGGGUAGGCCCGUCCAUCCUCAACAGUGACCUGGCGGCGCUGGGCGCCGAGUGCAGCCGAAUGGUGGAUUGUGGAGCGGACUACCUGCACCUGGAUGUAAUGGACGGGCAUUUUGUACCAAACAUCACUUUUGGCCACCCUGUUGUAGAGAGCCUUCGGAAGCAGCUGGGUCAGCAGCCCUUCUUCGAUAUGCAUAUGAUGGUUGCUAAGCCAGAACAGUGGGUGAAGCCUAUGGCUGUAGCAGGUGCCAAUCAAUAUACCUUUCACAUAGAAGCUACCAACAAUCCAGGAGCACUCAUUAAAGACAUAAGAGAAAAUGGGAUGAAGGUUGGUUUGGCUAUCAAGCCAGGAACUACAGUAGAAUAUUUAGCACCAUGGGCCAAUCAGAUAGACAUGGCCUUAGUUAUGACCGUGGAACCUGGAUUUGGUGGACAGAAGUUCAUGGAAGAUAUGAUGCCAAAGGUUCAUUGGCUGAGAACACAGUUUCCUUCCUUGGAUAUUGAAGUGGAUGGUGGUGUAGGGCCAGAUACCAUUCAUAAAUGUGCAGAGGCUGGAGCAAAUAUGAUUGUGUCUGGGAGUGCUAUAAUGAAGAGUGAUGAUCCCAGAGCGGUGAUUAAUCUCCUGAGGAACGUAUGUUGUGAAGCUGCUCAAAAGCGCUCACUUGACCGAUGAAAUCGUGUUGCGACUUGGGAGGGCUGCUUUCUUGUAUAUUUGUGGGUGGGAUGUUGUAAAAUUAUGGUGCUGCUAAAGGAAAACUGCAGGACUGAAUACUCAUUCCUGUGCUGCAGAGAAUAUCAUCUUGGCAGCUUGGAAGGAUAUUGGUCCAGUGCUAUCCUUUGAUUUCAGAAAACAACUUUGUAAUAUGCAUUACAAAAUCAGGGUGCCUCUUGCUUGAAGAUUG